UGACGACAGCGAAGAGCGCCGGAAGUGCGACACGAGGCCUGUUGUUUUCGGCUGGGGCCUGAAUCCUCCUCGGGCGAUAGAACUGGAGGGUGCAGAUUUUGCUGAUGAAGAUCAGGAAUUCCUAAACUCAAGGCAGCGUAGAAUCUGGAGCUGUGCAAAGCAUGAAUCCGCCUGCUUCUGAGGAGUCUGCUGGUGUGGUGGGCCGCGAUGAACCAAAAAAGAUGACGCGCGAAGACUGGAGAAAGAAGAAGGAAUUAGAAGAGCAGAGAAAGCUUGGUAAUGCUCCAGCAGAAGUUGAUGAAGAAGGAAAAGACAUCAAUCCACACAUUCCUCAGUAUAUAUCAUCAGUUCCAUGGUAUAUUGACCCUUCCAAAAGACCUACUCUCAAACAUCAAAGGCCUCAAGAUGAGAAAAUAAGGAAAUACAGUUUAAUUGGAGAGUGGUACAAGAAAGGUGUACAAGAGGGUUCCUUGGUUACCAAAUACAGAAGAGGUGCAUGUGAAAAUUGUGGAGCAUUAACACACGUGAGAAAAGAUUGCAUGGAAAGACCGAGAAAGGUAGGAGCAAAAUUUACCGGUAUGGGCAUUGCUGCAGAUGAGCACAUGCAGCCAACCCUUGCGUUCGACUAUGACGGAAAGCGUGAUCGUUGGAAUGGUUAUGAUUCAGAAGAACACAUGAGGAUUGUGGAGGAAUAUUCAAAAGUUGACUUGGCUAAGCGGACUCUUAAAGCUCAGAAACUGCAGGAAGAGCUAGCGUCUGGGAAGUUGGUAGACUAUGUGAAUUCCUCACGAUCUCAGCAGGGAGAAGAUGAUCAUAAUUCAGGGGAAAAGGACAACAGUGAAGAUGAAGAUGAAGAUAAGUACGCUGAUGAUAUUGAUAUGCCUGGGCAGAACUUUGACUCCAAGAGAAGAAUUACAGUUAGAAAUCUCCGCAUUCGUGAGGACAUUGCAAAAUAUCUCAGAAACUUGGAUCCAAAUUCAGCGUACUAUGAUCCGAAAACAAGAGCCAUGAGAGAGAAUCCGUAUUCGAACACUGGCAGAAAUCCAGAUGAAGUUGGGUAUGCAGGAGACAAUUUUGUGCGUUACACGGGUGACACGGUUAGAAUGGCCCAGACGCAACUGUUUGCCUGGGAGGCUUAUGAAAAAGGCUCAGAAGUUCACCUCCAAGCUGAUCCGACAAAGCUGGAAGUCCUUCAUCAGUCCUUCAAAGUUAAGAAAGAAGAGUUUGAGAAACAACAAAAAGGAAGCAUUUUGGAGAAGUAUGGAGGCCAGGAACACCUGAAUGCCCCACCACGGGAGUUGUUGCUGGCUCAAACUGAGGAUUAUGUAGAGUACUCAAGGCAUGGUGCUGUCUUGAAGGGUCAAGAGAAAGCGGUUGUAAAGUCCAAGUAUGAGGAGGAUGUGCUGAUCGGUAACCACAAAUCUGUAUGGGGAUCCUACUGGAAGGAGGGGAAAUGGGGGUACAAAUGCUGCCAUUCAUUUAUCAAAACUUCCUACUGUACUGGCGAAGCAGGGAAGCAGAUUACUGAGGAGGAUAGCGUGAACAGCCGACCUGAAAUUCCAGAUUCUAGCCAGGAGGCAUGUGAGAGUGUACCAAAAAGUUUAGUUGAGAUACAUAAAGAAAAGCUUAAAGCAGAAAAGAAGAAGAAAAAGAAGAAGCACAAGAAGAGUCAUGGCUCAGAUAGCGAAGAUGAAGAUGCAAAAAAGAAAGAAAAACUGAACAAGGCCCUGCUAGCUGAAGAAGCUCGUUUGAAGCAGGUUGAACACAUUUUGCAAAUGGAUGAACGCAAACGAAGUUAUAAUAGCAGAUACGAAAUAAAAGAGCCCACAGAAGAAGAAAUGGAGGCGUACAGAAUGAAACGCCAGAGACCUGAAGAUCCUAUGGCUAUAUUUCUUGAGCAAUAAGAAACACACCUUUUCAAUUUCAAAUCAUUUUGAUGCCUCAUUUAUGCUACAAAAGAUUAAACUUAAAUUCAAUACAAGAUUUAUUUGAUGACUUCUUAUGAGGGUCUACAUAAUGUAUGUAAUAUUUGCUGUGCGGUGAAACUGCCAUUUUACAUUGUAUAGCUGUUAUAUGUCUGGGUUAGAGAAAUAGAUUUCUAUUCUAAGAUUUUCUCUGAUAGCGUAAGUCAGCAUUAUGUUCUCCAAGUAAGUUGAAUUCAUUUAUAUGUGAAAUACAUAUUUGUUAAGGUGAAAAUUUGCCAGUUCAUUUCUUGUUUUACCAUAAGUUCUCAAUCUCGAAAUCAUAGAUACAGUUUUCCCACAGAGAAUGAAUGCAGUUUCUCUUUUCCCCUGUUGAUACUGUGGUCACAUCAUUUUACCAGCAUCUCCUUUUCAAUUGGAAUAUUUGAAUUCGAGUUUCACUUUGAAUACAAAUUUAUGCUUACAUUGCUUCUUAUAUAAUAACCAGUGGCUGCAAAGUAGCAAGGCUCCAAGUCUACUUUUUCUCUCCAUUUAUGAUGAUCUAUUUAUCAAACAAUCCAUCCCUCAUUCUUCUAUUACAUUCCCAAAAUCUACCCUGUCACAUGAAACCUCGCUUUAUCAUUGCAGAACUGCCCAAGAAAUUCUGGCCUAAUGCUCACUUUUGCCCUCUCCUCAGCCCAAGCCUUAACUUAUUUCUGAGUAUCACCACUGUUCAGUCUUUUGUGAUAACGCCUAAAGUCAAGGUUUCAGUCAGUUAAUCACUUUACACAGCUUGGUGUCAUUCUGUACCGUAUCCAAACCUCAAAACCAACCGCAACAACAGAAUGUAACAGUGUGACUAACAGUUGGCAGGGAGUGUCUCCAUUAUUGGACUUCGUCCAUCUCAAUAAGCGGUUGAAUGAGUUUUUAAGGAUUUGGAAGAUGAGCUUGCCACUCCAUUCCAAAAAGGAGCAGCAAAUAAACAAGAAAAAAUAUUUAUACAUGUGCAGAUAACAACUUUUGUUCACUCAGUUUCAGUCAGAGAAAGAAUGUUUCUAGUAUCAGGUGACAUGAUGAGUGAGGUUGAGGACCAACUGUUGUGUUGUGGUUGCUAGAACAAGGUUUGGGUAUGUGAUGGUGACAACCAAGUUUUUCCUCUAAAUUGGGAGCUAUUUGACCUGUGCCAAAUCUAUUUAUAAAAUUUCAAGGAAAAGCUGAGCAACUUGUUAGAGUAUUAUAGAUAAUUGAAGCAUUUCAAAUAUAAAAUGAGUUGCAAUAAAAAGAUUAAAAAGUAGUCAAUUAAUUUAACCUUUUAAAGAUUGUGACAAUAUCUAAUCUAAAUUAUUGCCUUUGCUGAUGGGAUGGAAAGUGGUGUUCCCAAUGUACUGGUUAUCAUUUUAUUGUGGUGUCCUCUCUGUGCUGGGAUGUGUUCAGAUAUUACUUUCUGACUUCAUUACAGCCUAGAUGGACCAAGAGGGACUAGACAUCCAUCGUGAAAAUUAAUAAAUCAAGGUAGUGAACUGAAAUUUGUUGAAGAGCUCAGUGAUAAAAUUGAGUCGAGGUCUGCAGAUGCAAGUUCAGUGUGGCAGGAGCAGGCAGCAACAAUUGGUCUACCUGAACAGUCAGGUUUUGGAUCUUGGGUAGGAGGUAGAGGAGCAUUUCUUGUUGAGGAAAACAUGAGGUUGGUGACAGUGGGGUGGGAGAUCUUGAGCUGAUGAGGUUGAUGCUGCAGGAGACAAUGACCUCAUGGUCCCUCUUCGAAAGGUAAACAAGAGAAGGUAUCUGAGAAUUGUAGCCUGGCCUCAGCAAGGUAGCGGUUAGUUUGCCAGACUACAACAGCAGCCCGUCUGUCUGGGUGUGAUGGUGAGUUAAGGUUCAGUUCAAGAACCUGCUGGUUAUAACAAAGUACCUGUACAUGAAGGUGCGAGCCUUCCAAUAGCAGCAGUGAGAUGGUGGCGUGCCCUGGGUGCUGAUGAUGACCGAUGAGAUGAUCUGUAAGUCUGUGGGCGUCACCGGUAUCCAGCAUGGCUUCCUCUACGUUAGUGAGAUUUGGCAUAGGUCAGGGAACUGCCUUGUUGAGCACCUUUGCUCUGUCCGCAACAAGAAGGAUUUCCCACUGGACAGCCAUUUUAAUUUCACUCCCCAUUCCAACAUGUCAGUUCAUGGCCUCCUCUACUUCCACAAGGAGGUCACUAAAGUUGGAGGAGCAACAUGUGCUCUAUUUGGGUUGCCUCCAACCUGACAGCAUGAACGUCGAUUUCUCUAGCUUCUGGAAAUUUCUCUCCCUCCCCCUUCUCUCAUUUUCCAUUCCCCAUUCUGGCUCCACUCUUACCCCUUCUCCUUACCUACCUGUCUCUUCCCCCCCCCCCCGAUGCCCCACCACCUUCCAUGCUCCUCUGCCCUCUCCUAUCAGAUACGUUUUGCAACCCUUUACCUUUACCAUGUAUUACCUCCAUGAUGGUGCUUGCUGGUGAUAUACAGCGACGUUUUGCGAGCAGCUAACAAAACUACUAGAUGCUGGGCAGCGUGGUAGUGUAAUGGUUAGCACAACGCUUUAUAGUUCCAGCAGCCUGGGUUCAGUUCCCGUAACGGCCUGUAAGGAGUUGGUAUGUUCUCCCCACGACUGUGUGGGUUUCCUCCCACAGUCUAAACGCAUUCUGACUGGAAGGUUAAUGGGUCAUUGUAAAUUGUCCCAUGAUUAGUCUAGAGUUAAGUUGAGGGGGUUACUGGGCAUAGUGGCUCAAAGGGCCUUUUCCACACUGUCUGUCAAUAAAAUAUACUUGUGAUUGGA